AGGAAGGAAGAUGUGGUCCUCACCUACUACAGCUCCUUUCAUGCAAUAGGCAUGUGUGUGCAGAUGAAAUGUGCCACCUUGACUGUCAUUGGUUGACAGAGGUUGUCUGCAUGCUUCCAGCCAAAGAGGGUUAGUUUUAAGCUGAUGUCCUUUAAUCCAUCUUCACUUUCUAGCAUCAUUCCUGUGACAGCACCGUAAGAACAAUGAGUGCCACGAGAAGCCCCGAGCAUCUAGCAGACGCUUGUCUCCCGUCCUCCACCGGCGAGCUCUUGACAAGCAAAGACGACCCUGGAGAUCUGAGAAGGCUUCUGCCACUCACCGGCUCAUCUGUACUGGCACGACGACUGUUCCACCUCCAGUCAUACCGCAACCCACUCAUGCCCAACAGACGACGCAAACGAGAGAUGACUCCCACUGAGAAAAAGGAUGCCUCGUAUUGGGUGAAACGGAAGAAGAACAACGAGGCCGCCAAGCGUUCCAGAGAAAAGCGACGACUCAACGACUUCAUGCUGGAGGGGCAACUAAUGGCUCUAAGCGAGGAGAACGCCCAGCUCAGGGCCGAGGUGCUGAGUUUGCAGUAUCACAUGGGGAUCGGGCGAGGUCUGGAUGCCAGUCAUCCCAUGGUGCCCUUCCACUAUCCUGUUGCGUCCCAUCUCAAGCCUUCCCUGUGGGGUUUGCCUACCAGUAAUGCUCCAGAAGCUCCAGAGCCGUACCAAUCUUGGCAUGGCUCAUCUCCGUUCAUCUCACCCCUGAGGGUGCCUCCUAAAAGUGCCAACUUACCUUCACAGAUUAGCCAUUUGGACAACAGUGCUGACCCAGUAGAGGCAGACACAGCAUCCCACCCACAGGUCUCUUCCAGCAACGACCCACCAAGCCACCCACAACUGUUUCCGGCCCAGAGAGCAUCUGCGGCCUCAACACCCCCUCCUCAACUCCUGCCUGGGCUGAGCCAGUCUACCACCCAGCACAGCAACCAGAUGCUUCCUUGGGGCUCGUCAUCUUUGCGUCCAUCUCCCCUUCAUCCCAACUGGCCGCUGUCCUUCCCUCUGUCGCUACGAGACACAGACGGAUCUCGUAAUGGCGUACGGUCCCUGUGGAACUUCAACAGCAGGUACAGCAUGCUGUCUGCGGAGAUCUCAGGACAGCUCAGAAGAAUCUUUUGCUCGGAGAACUCUUAAUCAGCAAUGACGCUGCCUGAACAGUUAUUCAUUGUGGUAAUAACCUGCUAAAAGGGAUUGUCCACCCGAAAACAAACUGUAGACUUACUCAUGUUGUUCCAAACAUGUAAGACUUUCAUUCAUCUGUAGGGCACAAAUAUUUAGGAAAAUGUCUUAGUGAUUUUGUCCAUACGGUGAAAGUUACAGCCGGUUUUGGAUCCCAUUUUGGACCCAAAUGAUCACUGUAUAGACGCUGAAGAAAGAAUGUGAAAGACAUGGGUGAACUAUUUCUUUAAGGUAUUAGCUGUGCUUAAUGUAGUGAUGUGCAAGCCAAUCUUUCCAUACAGCGUAUAAAAUGAUAGCUAAACCAUGACUUGGAUAAUAUCAAAAUGUUUAUUCUGCAAAUAUGUGGCCACUUGAAAUAAAAAAAUUGUUAUUCAUUUUA